AAGAGGAGGAGGAGGGGCUGCUCCUCGAGGCCGCGACGGGCGGAGGAGCCGCGGGCGGCGGCGGGAUCCGAGGCUCCGGCCCCCGGGGCGCCCUUUCCUCCUCCUCCUCCUCCUCCCACGCGCCCUCCAGGGCCGGCCAGGCGGGAGUGGGGGGGCCCCACCACCACCCUCACUCCGAAGAGCUGGAGGAGGAGGCCGGCCUGGGAGAGAGCGACCCCGGAGACUCCGCCAUCGAAGACCCGGAGUUGGAAGCCAUUAAAGCUCGAGUGCGAGAGAUGGAGGAGGAAGCAGAGAAGCUAAAAGAGCUGCAGAACGAAGUUGAGAAACAAAUGAAUAUGAGCCCCCCGCCUGGCAACGCUGGCCCAGUCAUCAUGUCUUUAGAAGAAAAGAUGGAAGCAGAUGCCAGGUCCAUAUAUGUAGGCAACGUGGAUUAUGGGGCGACAGCAGAGGAGCUGGAGGCUCACUUCCACGGCUGUGGCUCCGUCAACCGGGUGACCAUCCUCUGUGAUAAGUUCACCGGCCAUCCCAAGGGGUUUGCCUACAUUGAAUUCUCGGACAAGGAGUCGGUGAGGACAUCUUUAGCGUUAGAUGAGUCGCUGUUCAGGGGAAGGCAGAUUAAGGUGAUUCCCAAACGGACCAACCGCCCUGGGAUCAGCACCACAGACCGGGGUUUCCCCCGGACCCGGUACAGAGGGAGAGGAUCCGGCUACAGCAGUUCUCGGGCCCGUUUCUACAGCGGCUUUAGCAGCAGGCCACCCCGAGGGCGCGCUUACAGGGGCCGGGCCAGAGCGACCUCAUGGUAUUCCCCUUACUAAAAACAAAAAAGUGGUUGUUUUAGGAAGGAGGAAAAAAAAAGAAAAAAAAUGAAGAUUGUUACCAUGACGGAAAAAAAAAAUACUGUUGGUGGGAGGUGGAAGUUUCUAAUGCUGUGCAGAGAAAGAGGGCUGACUUAUUGGGAGGGGGGAAGAUGUAAACAUGGGGCAGGGGGUCAAAUCCUGUUGUCAAAUUUCCACCUGCUGGUAUUGCUGACUUGAGCCCCGUCCCCCACCCCACCCCGUCCAGCCCCUCUUCCUUUUCUCUUCCAUCUGCAGAGAUUGUUGGGCACAACCGAGCCAUUCUUCCUCUCAUGCCUUUUUUAAUUGUUGCCCUACAUUUGGGGGAGGGGGCAGAUGUGGGGGGAGGGUUUGCCGACACCCCGAAAUCUUUUGUGAUACUAUUUGUGUGUGUGUGUGAGAGAGAGAGUUUCGUAGUUUUUGUUCAUCUUCCCAACCUUUCCUUCUGCAGCCUUUGCCCAUUCGGUAUGCCUGUGUCCCCCCUCCCUCUCUUGUGUGCUUGGUUCUCCCCAAAUCUCAUUUGCUUCCCUUCCCCUUUGCUUCAGGAAUUGGCAGGGAGGGGGACCUGGGGUUCCUGCCUCCCGCGGUGACGAUCCUGCCCGUUUCGAGACGUCCUCCACCCUCUUUCUCACUUUGGGCAGACAAGUCUCUCUUGGCAUCCCUUUCUAGGUGUGUGUAUGUGUAUGUGUGUCUACGUCAGACAGGGGAGCCUGCCUUGGGGUUUUCCCUUACCCCAUUGAUCCUUGUCCCCAGACUCCCCAAUGGAGAAAUGCUAAUUUUAAAACAGGCUGGCGGGUGGGGAAGCUCCUGCAAAAAUAGGCACCCCUCACUCAGAGCCAUACAUAACUGCGACUGUGUCCCUUUUUGCUCUUCCUGUCUUUGCCCCUGCGUCGCUGCCUCUCCCUCCCACCUCCCCCUGGGGGUAUGUUAUAUGCCUUGUUUGAGUGUCUUUAUCUUUACAGGUUUCUCUAUUUUUUAGCCUGAAGAAAUGACACCGAAACCUGAAGCUGUAGAGACCAGGGGCCGGGGAGAGGACACCCUUUUUGGGGGCAGGGGAUGGGGGGAUGGAGGGGGUGGGGAGGAAUUGAGGCCCAUAUUUCCAUGUGGGAGAAUGGUUUUUUUAAAAUAAAAAAAGAGA